ACUCUACUUUUGACAAACAGAAACAUUUUCAUUUCCUUCUUUCACCAAAAAUUGAAAAUGAAAAUUUUCCCAUUCCUCACUUCUCUCCUCUUCUUCAUCGUCACAAAUUCCCCUCCAACUAAAAGCUUCGAAGUAGCCGUCAAUGGCGGAAUCGGAGUUGGCGUUACUAUCGGCGGCGGCGGCGGAGGAACCGGGGUUUGGAUUGGCGGAAAUAAUGGCUCACCAACACCAAGGCUAAACAGAGCUUACACUGCACUACAAUCAUGGAAAUCCGCCAUUACAAGCGAUCCGUUAGGGAUUUUAACCACUUGGGUCGGCCCUAAUGUUUGUUCUUACAGAGGGGUUUUUUGUGCACAAGUUCAAGACGAAACGACGUCUUCACCCGUCGACAUUGUCGCCGGAAUCGACCUAAAUCACGCCAAUCUCGGAGGUACACUCGUUAAAGAACUCUCGUUUCUCACCGAAAUCACUUUGUUUCACUUAAACACCAACCGAUUUUCUGGCACCGUACCGGAAUCCUUCAGAGAAUUGUCAUCUCUUCAAGAAUUAGAUCUUAGUAACAACUUGUUUUCAGGUCCGUUUCCUAUUCAAGCAUUAUACAUUCCGAAUCUGAUGUAUUUAGACCUCAGAUUCAACGAUUUCCACGGACCCAUUCCUGAAGAUCUCUUCAAUAAGAAACUCGAUGCGAUUUUUCUCAACAACAAUCAUUUCGAAGGUGAAAUUCCUCAAAAUCUUGGGAAUUCUCCUGCUUCUGUGAUAAAUUUAGCUAAUAACAAGCUAUAUGGGAAUCUCCCAAAUGGGUUUGGUUUAUUAGGUUCAACACUUAGAGAAAUCUUGUUACUAAACAACCAAUUAACUGGUUGUAUUCCAGAAGGAAUUGGGUUUUUCUCUGAAAUGCAAGUGUUUGAUGUGAGUUUCAAUUCAUUAAUGGGUCAUUUACCUGAUACUCUGUCUUGUUUAAACCAAAUCCAGAUUAUGAAUUUUGGGCAUAAUCGGCUAUCUGGGGUUGUUCCUGAUUUCAUCUGUUCGUUGAAAAGUUUGGUGAAUUUGACUGUUUCUUUCAAUUUCUUUUCUGGGUUAAAGGAAGACUGUUCUUCUUCUUCUUCGAGGAACAAUGUUGUUGGGAAUUUAGGUUUUGAUUUCUCCGGAAAUUGUAUUCCGGGAAAGGAUUUACAAAGACCUCGUCCUGAAUGUAAUGUGAUUCCUGGUGGGAGUUUGAAUUGCUUUAGGAUACCUUCCAUUGUGAAGCCUUUGGUUUGUGGGACAUUGGGUGGAAGAACAGAGAGUGAUCUUAGUUCAUCGCCGCCAUGAGAAGAGGGAGAAUUGAGAGAGGUUGAAGAAAAGAGAAAGAAAAAUUACAAGAAUUUUAGAUGGGUUUGUUAUUAUUUUGAUAGUGAUUAAUGAAAUAUUUUUUUGGCUUAA